CCCGGCCGCCGGGACCGGCUCCUGGCGGGAAGUUUUGUCUCAGAGCUGCUGCGAGGCGAAAGAAAUUUGGAUUUCCAAGUCAAUGUUAGAAUGGCGUCGGUUUCAGCGCUCACCGAGGAGCUGGACUCGGUGACCAGCGAGCUGCACGCGGUGGACAUCCAGAUCCAGGAGCUGCUGGAGAGGCAGCAGGAGCUUCUGCAGAGGAAGAGCAGCCUGAGCCAGAGGAUCCGGCAGAGCCUGGAGGCCGGCGAGGCGGGGGAGGGCAGCCGCGGGGACGCCGCGCCCGCCGCCUGGAGUAAGGAAGAUUUCCCGUGGUCCGGCCAAGUGAAGGAUGUGCUGCAGAACGUUUUUAAGCUGCAGAAGUUCCGGCUGCUGCAGCUCGAAACCAUCAACGCCACCAUGUCGGGGAAGGAGGUUUUCCUGGUGAUGCCCACGGGCGGGGGAAAGAGCCUGUGCUACCAGCUCCCCGCCCUGUGCGACGAUGGAUUCACACUUGUGAUCUGCCCACUGAUAUCGCUUAUGGAAGAUCAGCUGAUGGUCUUAAAGCAGUUAGGAGUAUCAGCCACCAUGUUGAAUGCCUCUAGCUCAAAGGAGCACGUGAAGUGGGUUCAUGCCGAGAUGGUGAACAAGAGCUCCCAGCUCAAGCUGAUCUACGUGACGCCGGAGAAGAUCGCCAAGAGCAAGAUGUUCAUGUCGCGCCUGGAGAAGGCCUACGAGGCCCGCAGGUUCCGCCGCAUCGCCGUGGACGAGGUGCACUGCUGCAGCCAGUGGGGACACGACUUCAGACCCGAUUACAAGGCCCUGGGCAUCUUAAAGCGGCAGUUUCCCGACACCACGCUCAUGGGGCUGACGGCCACGGCCACCAACCACGUCCUCAAGGACGCCCAGAAGAUCCUCUGCGUGGAGCACUGCCUCACCUUCACGGCGUCGUUCAACCGGCCCAACCUCUUCUACGAGGUUCGGCAGAAACCCUCCAGCGCGGAAGAUUUCAUCGAGGACGUGGUCAGGCUCAUCAACGGCCGAUACAAAGGCCAGUCAGGGAUCGUGUAUUGCUUCUCCCAGAAGGACUCGGAGCAGGUGACGAUGAGUUUGCAGAAGCUGGGGGUCCGGGCCGGAGCCUACCACGCCAACAUGGAGCCCGAAGACAAGAGCCGGGUUCACAGAAGAUGGGCAGCCAACGAGGUCCAGGUGGUCGUGGCAACCGUGGCGUUUGGCAUGGGGAUUGACAAGCCGGACGUGAGGUUCGUCCUUCACCACUCAAUGAGCAAGUCCAUGGAGAACUACUACCAGGAGAGUGGGCGCGCAGGCCGCGACGACCUCAGGGCGGACUGCAUCCUCUACUACGGCUUCGGGGACCUCUUCCGCAUCAGCUCCAUGGUGGUCAUGGAGAACGUGGGCCAGCAGAAGCUCUACGAGAUGGUGUCGUACUGCCAGGACAUGCGCAGGUGUCGCCGUGCGCUGAUUGCGCAGCACUUCGACGAGGUGUGGGACUCGGAGGAAUGCGACGGGAUGUGCGACAACUGCUGCAAGGACACGGCACCUGAAAGGAAGGACAUCACCGAGCACUGCAGGGACCUCAUCAGGAUCCUGCAGCAGGCCGAGGGGCUGAACGAGAGGCUCACGCCCCUGAAGCUGCUGGACGCCUGGACAGGGAAGGGGCCGCCCAAGCUCCGGGUGGCGGGCGUGGCCCCUCCCGCGCUCCCGCGGGAAGACAUGGAGAGAGUGGUCGUCCACGGCCUCCUCCAGCAGUACCUCAGGGAAGAUUACAGUUUCACGGCCUAUGCUACCAUUUCCUAUUUGAAAACCGGACCCAAAGCUCAUCUGCUCCAGAACACGGCGCAUGUGAUCACCAUGCAGAUAAGGAAGCCAGCACAGAACUGUCUCCGGACGGAGCCGUCCCAUGCGGGUCACCCCGAAGGGGCUGACAGGAAGAGAGAAGGACACUCGGGAAACUCCCAGAAGAGAGCCGCAGACCCGGCCCCGCCCCCUAAGCAGACAGGAGCCAAGAAGAGGAAAACUGUCAGUGCGUGAGACUCACGGGGCAGGGGCACAGAACUG